UUACCUGGGCACCCGGAGAAGCCCCGAGGGGCGCUGCGAUCCUUCCUCUCGAAGUCGCCCCACUCCCUGCCGGGGCCCCAGGACUCUGGCCCCCUCUCUCCCUGCGCGCAUCCCCUGCCCCUCGGGCUCCGGCGCGCAGCUACAGCCGCCCGCAGCGCUCGACUCCCCUCCGCCGACCUGGCGUGACGCAGGCGGAGACUACUUAAGGCCGGAUUAGAGGCGGCGGCCGCGGAUUCCCGAGCCCUGCAGCCGGCUCCGCGCGCUCCGCCCCGGCUUCGCAGGCGGCAGCGCGGGAGCGCCCGGUGCCCGCUGAAGUGCCAGGCGCGGGGGCUGGGGCCUGGACCCUUUUUUUGGCUCCCAACCCCCGGCGGUGAGUGGGGCCCAAAGACCUCGCUCGGGCGGGCGGGAGCUCGAGGACCUGCACGCGGCCACCCCCGCUCCGCCCCGCCCCUCGCCCGGGCAUCCGCCGGCUCCAGACCUGACGCCCGGACGGCGCUGGCGGUUCGUGGCCGACCUCCGGACCGCGCCAGCUGCCCAUCAGUUGGGCGUGCUUGGGUUUCCUUCCCCAUUUCCCUCUUUUAAGUACAAUAAAAGGGAGAGGGGAAUCGUGGAUUUUUAAAAAAUUUUGUUUGAUUCUUUAAUUGGGGGGCAAUUCGCUCCCAGUCGGGAGGUGAGGCCCGGGGAGUGGCCAGGAGCGGGGACGUGCCCGGUACUGCCCAGUCUUUGUCUGCUGCCUCCGGAUGCACAGCGAUGGGGGAAUGGACCAUCUUGGAGAGGCUGCUGGAAGCCGCGGUGCAGCAGCACUCCACUAUGAUCGGGAGGAUCCUGUUGACUGUGGUGGUGAUCUUCCGCAUCCUCAUUGUGGCCAUUGUCGGGGAGACGGUGUACGAUGAUGAGCAGACCAUGUUUGUGUGCAACACCCUACAGCCCGGCUGUAACCAGGCCUGCUAUGACCGCGCCUUCCCCAUCUCCCACAUACGUUACUGGGUCUUCCAGAUCAUAAUGGUGUGUACCCCCAGUCUCUGCUUCAUCACUUACUCUGUGCACCAGUCUGCCAAGCAGCGAGAACGCCGCUACUCAACUGUCUUCCUAGCCCUGGACAGAGAUCCCCCUGAGUCCAUGGGGAGCGCUGGAGGACCUGGGGGUGGGAGCAGUGGUGUUGGCAAACGAGAAGACAAGAAGUUGCAAAGUGCCAUUGUCAAUGGGGUGCUGCAGAACACAGAGAACACAAGCAAGGAGACGGAGCCAGAUUGUUUAGAGGUUAAGGAGCUGACUCCACACCCAUCGGGGUUGCGCACUGCAGCACGAUCCAAGCUCCGAAGGCAGGAAGGCAUCUCCCGCUUCUACAUUAUCCAAGUGGUGUUCCGAAAUGCCCUGGAGAUUGGGUUUCUGGUGGGCCAAUACUUUCUGUAUGGCUUCAGCGUCCCAGGGUUGUAUGAGUGUGACCGCUACCCCUGCAUCAAGGAGGUGGAAUGUUACGUGUCCCGGCCUACUGAGAAGACUGUCUUUCUAGUGUUCAUGUUUGCUGUGAGUGGCAUCUGUGUGGUGCUGAACCUGGCUGAACUCAACCACCUGGGCUGGCGCAAGAUCAAGCUGGCCGUGCGAGGGGCCCAGGCCAAGAGGAAGUCAGUCUAUGAGAUCCGCAACAAGGACCUGCCACGGGUCAGCGUUCCCAAUUUUGGCAGGACUCAGUCCAGCGACUCUGCCUAUGUGUGAAAGGGCAGGUUUUGGAAAGGCCUGGGGGAUGACAAGUAGCCCCAAGGCAGACGACUGUGGAGAGUGGCUCUAUCUGCCCUCAUUUAUGUGGCUGUCAUCACUGAGACGUAGAAUAAGGCUGGUUAAGAGAAGAUCUUGCCUCAAUGGGAGAGGAGAGAAAGUAGAAUGAUUACGUCACACCACUGGUUCCAGAGACAGUUGGAUAGAGUGCUGAGAGGAUGAGUUGGACUUCUUUGAGUCCUUUUGUUUCGUGGUCCAGUUUGAUACUGAUCAUAGUGGAUUUGCACAGCUACCAAGCAGGACUUAGCUCUGCUAAUCUCUGUAUUCUGGUGAAUGGCGUGAGUCAAAUAUUUUAUUGGUACACAAUUUGUGACCUAUCUCGACACAUCCUUCCAUCCUGGGCUGCAGGACAAACAUCCUUGAGGCAUCCUUCAUGUACCUCUCCCAUCAGCAUGCCCCUCUCCCUCCGCCCAGGAUAGCAUGCCAGCUUUUCUCUCAGUCUGGCCUUACAGUAGACCUAAUAUGGUUUAUCUGCAAGCUAGAGGGAAUUCCAUGGGGUGCUUUUUGGAGAAUGGCCAUGGCAGAGGUUUGCAUUAUAGCCCCGUCUGACUGGCCCUUAGUCAUUAUGAAAACCUUAGGAAUGUCUCAAUAUUUCCAGUUUUCUAACUCGAACUGCACUGGUGCUGUUUAUUAGGG